GGCGUCGUCUGCAUCCCCGCCGCUUCGGCGUCGUCUGCUUCUCCGAUAUAACCCGGGCCCGCGAUCCCGGGCGUUUCAUGGAGUACGCUCGCUCUUGGUCCGGGUGGUGGUGUGACGACGACGUAGACCGACAGCAUGGGCAGCAUCGUGUCGAGUCAGCAGCACCUGGACGUGGCCGACCCCAAGACGGGCCUGACGCCCCGCGAGAAAGGGCUCGUGCGUGACACCUGGGCACUGGUGCGCAAGGACGUCAAGGCUAACGCUAUUGCCAUCUUCCUCACGCUGUUCCAGCGGCACCCUGAGUACCAGAAGCUGUUCUCUGGCUUCGCGGACGUGCCGCCGGAGGCUCUGUCCACCAACCCUCGCCUGGGCGCGCAUGCCAUGUCGGUGGCGUACGCCAUCACGUCGCUGGUGGACACCCUUGACGACGCCGAGUGCCUGGUGGAGCUGGUGCGCAAGAUCGCCAUCAGCCACACCCGACGGCCGGUCACCGUCACAAACUUCGAGCACACGAUGUCCGUGAUCGUGGACACGCUGAAGGACCGGUUAGGGAGCAAGAUGACGCCGGCGGCCGUGGCGGCGUGGGAGAAGACCCUCAGGCUGGUGGUCACCGUCACCGCGGACGUCUACAAGGAGGCCGGCAAGAACUAGGCCGCCGCUGCACAGCGCUGCUGCCCCUCCUCGGCUCGCAGAAGACGCACGAGCAGACGGUGUCCUCGCGGUCUCUUGUAUACACUGCUUCAAGGCGCGUGCAGGCGCUGGUGGCUGCUUCUUGGUUGCCAGGACGCGAGUCUUCGAUGGUCCACGGACAUGUCACGGUUGCCGAGCUUUCGUGGUUACGCUUAUAGUAUGAGCAGGCGCGCAUUUUGUGCGGGGGGUUGUAGGAUCGAGUGCGUCGUCCCCGCCGGAAGCACGCGUGGAUUAGUCAAAUGGUGCGGUGUGAUGGCUCUUCGUCGUGGUCUUUCGCUGUGCCGAGUCUGGCACAAUCUCUUGUCUGAAGUGGAUCCCGAUAAUACACACUGACGCGACCGACGUGUGCGCAUUCGACUCGCAAGGCUGCGAUGUGAAGAGUAUACUGCGAAGAACGCAGAUGAGGCGCGAGUCAUGCACUCUAUGUGCGCGGUAACCGUUGCAGAUGUGCUCGCUUUCGCAAUCGUAAGUGACGGCCGCUCUUAACAGCCGCGGGCGCCUAGACGUUUCGGCUGGUUUUUUUUUUUUUUUAGGUUUGGAGGUAUUGAUGCCACUAUAUCGAUGUCAAUCAAAGUUACAGGGGCAACAUACACCUAUCCUGAGCAUCAGGCGCCAUGCUGUACGUGAAAGUGCGUAAUACGACGUCUGGCUGCCCAGUAGCCUACAUACUGGGUGUCCCACGUGACUAACUUGUACCGAAAAUUAAAAAUAUGCAAGUGCAUGUAGCUAGACAGGACCAAGGUAUAAUGUUUGCCGUCGAUUGGAGCAAGUCAAGACUAUUUUUCGUACUUCGUCUAAUUACAUUAUUAUAUAUAAUUGAAUAAUCAACUUCUCAAAUAUUUAUAGUCAGAGUAAAAGUGUUAGUGCGAAAAUUGUAGACCACCCUGAAAAAUUCCCGAUCCAGCUUUUUUUUUUUCUGUUGCUCAAUUACGUGCUAAAUGAAAGUGUUUUUUUUUUUUCUGGCAUUAAAGAAAGCGCGCAAAAUACGACCAAGUACCGUGCGACUAGUCAAAUUCGUGCUGAUAAUUACUGUGAUUUCAGCUCAAGAGCACCGGUUACCUUCAUAACGUGUAAAUGAGCACCUCUAUGAAUGUUACCGUGUUCAGAGUGCAUGUUUGCGGGUCAGUGAAAGUACUAUCUUCGUAUGCAGUCUUACAGGUUGAAGUGCGCGGCAGCGUUUUUUUUUUUUUUUUUUUUUUUUUUUUUUGUCUGGAAUGGCAAUCUGGCAACCGAUGGCGGUAUAUACGCAUGUACUGUAUCGCAGGUAAUCAACGCGCGGAUAACACAGACCAAGAAUUAAAAGACACGGCACUUCGCAUUUUCUCGGUCUGAGUUGUCCGUGAGCCGGUUUCCGACGAUGCAACCACACCAACUUGCCCAGCUUACCAUUUUCCUACGAUAUACAUGCAAAUCCCAAAAGUUGGCUCAAAGAUCCACUCUGAAGAUGUUCACGGUCGGUGUUCGAAUGUAACUGGUUUCACGUUCUAGAACGACACGUCUUACCAAUGGAACGUAUAGAAGCAAAUUUGUGUGUGCAAAGUCCGGUUCAUGGAGACUGCCCUGCUAAGAAUGUGCUUUUUCUACGCCACCUUUAUCUCAUGCAAAACGAACCUAUCUGAUGUGCGUUUUUUCUUAUUCUUCUUCUAUCAACGCACGGCAUCAUACAUGCAACGCGGUCAUGGUAAUUCAGAUGUCGUUCAAGCGAACAAAGCGUUCGUCUGCAAAACCUUUCGCCCAAUACCGCGUUUCGAUGUUUCCGUUACAUAAUCCGAGAUAAGCGGCGAGCGUUGGACAUAUCCGAGGUUAUGGUUUCAUUUACCUAUCCAAAGGUGUAGACUGCAAGCUGCAAAGGUCACGCCAAUAAAAGCUCUCGCGUAAUGAAAAAGAACAAAAUUUUUAAAAUUUCCUAGAAAGAAUGACGCGGCGGGGGCUGUUUGCUUACAAAUGUACCGUGCUCCUUUUUUUAUAACGUGUGCUUUUGUAUUUGAAAGACGUUCUUGCCUUAUUUCUGAGCUUUCUUGUAGGUACGCUCUUACGCAUGCAAGAAGAUAGCUCCGUCAGUGAAACAUUGAGGCUGUUAUCAGCUUUAUAGCAGACGCCUGCUUUUACACGAGAGCGAUUCCUUUUAGCGACCCAUAAGCAGUUUUUAAGCCUACAAUUUUUUUUAACCACUAAUUAUAAAAAAAAUGUUUUUAAAACAGGAUUUGCGCGCGUUGUUUCAACGGUUUCGCCGAAUAUCUUUUCAUGCCAGAACUGACAGAUAUAGACAUUUCACAGCGCUUUCUGCACAGCGCGCAGCAGGGGCCGCCACAGGCCCACCGUCAUUGAAUCGAGAGCAUGCAAGCGACCAUCAACUGCCGCCCGCCGCUCCCACAGAGUUCUGCUGAGAGGCCGGGAAUCGCUUAGUACUAUCCAAGCGCAGUUCUGCCGUCGUCGUCGCCGUGAGGUUCCGUAUAAAAUCUAAGGGCGAUAAAACCGUCGCCGCGCGCCGUACUUGAAAUGUUGAAAAGCAGAUAGAAAGCGUGCUCUGUCGUGAACUGCAAGAACUGCGAUAGACUUGAAUGUGUGUGAUGAGACUGUGUGCGAGCUUUCAUCCGCCUCAGAUGCACGAGCAUGUGCUCGUAUUUACGUCCGUUCGACAUGCACACCUUUCCGCAAGGCAAGCACAACAAGGUCUACCACCAGCGCUGGAUAGCCGAUUGCCGGCAGCGGCUUCCAGGCUAACACCACCUGCAGCAACAACACAGCGAUUCCCGACACCGCUGACACAAAUAUCACGGAAUGCUGAACUUCGAUAAGCUUGCGAAUCAGCGCUACGCCCUCCCCACGCAAGUACGACUGACAUACUCGAGCAGCUUCACUUUACUUCCAGAACAGCGAAGUCAAACGUGAAAUAAUAGUAUUUAACUGAGCUAUAGUUGGUUCAUAGCCUAAGACAAGUUUGAACAGAUGAACUGGGAAAAGAAAAGGAAAGAACAUAGGACUAAGGGAGACAGACAAGAACGUCCUUGUCUGUCUCCCUUUGUUUUUGUUUUUUUCAGUUCAGCUGUUCAAACUCGUCUAGGCUGGUACCGCUAGUUCUUUUUCUGCGCCGGAAAUCAAACAGCAAGCGCGCGGCCACUUGAACCAUUUUUGUCCAAGCGCGCGCGAAUGCACUUUUAAUCUGCGCUUUAAGUAAUCGGAAACCAUUGCCAAGUUAUCUGAUCAGCACUGUCGAUAAGAACGACGCGUUCUGAAUCAACCACCGUGGUCGGAGCAGGUUGCAAACACGUAUUUUUUUGCGCAUGCACACACGCCUACAUUCCGAACGAAGUUUUUACACAUACAGUUAACGACAACAGGCACACGGCCGUAUCAGCCUUACAAAUCUAUCGCUCUAGAGACUAGAAUAUAAAGAGUAAAGAUCAAGCAUUAUAGGUUGCCUUAAUUAUACUCGUCGCCUUCGGCCGAUAGGCUUGCACACUAUUAAGAUUGCAGCGCGGACAGAACGGAUAAAUGAAAGGUAUCACUGCCUUUCUGCAGUUUAGGCAAAAGUCUCGUUUACGGCUCGCUGUAGUAGCCUAAAUAGCGGCUUUCUGAGCCGUGCCUGCGGCCGCUGUGGCCAUUGUAAGCAAGCGAGGAAACGUCGGUCAGAAUUAAGGCGCUCAAUUUAGCGGGCGCUGUCGCGUGAUCAAAUAUGGCGGCGCCCACGGAUUUGGUGCUGUAAAGGUGUGGAGAUAAUCUGCGAUAAAGUGUUGCACUCCGUGUCUCAUUUUUCAGCGCUCUGAUAUGGUUAGCGGACCAGGCAUGGUUCACUCAAAUGUUGACAUACUUUGAGGAUGAAAUGUCAUUCAGAAACAUUUGAGUGCAUUUCCGGAUCAGGUGUUCCGUCAAAUAAUGUACUAUCAUGUACAUAAGAGCGGUUAAUGAUUUACCUAAAGGCUAUCUUUGCUGUCGUCUUGUCUUGGCUUAUAGCGUGAUCGGUGUAUGCGCCGUGCAAAAUCAUGCCCUGCUUAAGCAACAAAAGUAACAUGAAUGCAUGAACAGAUCCACGAAACUUCUCUCGCGUGAAAAAGACUUCUGGUCGGCCGGAGUCUCGGCUGUUGCAUAUUUGCGUACGAGCUUGUUUGAAAACUUUGUCUUUUAAAGGAUACUUCUGUUCGACGUAGAAUCGAGUAUUCGCUGGCAAACGGGUGUCAUCGUAUUUAAGAAAAGCGUUCUGCUAUGUGAAAAGCUUCGCGUCUGGCUUCUCGGUUAAAACGGAAUAUGUCGCUUCUCUCGCGGUUUCCGUUUCCGCUUCGACGCCUCCGCGGCCGCCUAGCGGACGGUGGGCACAGCACAGACGGGAACGGGGACGCAGACGAAACGAAGAAAUUAAACGUAGCAGACGACUGGCCAAAGUAGCAGGGAUAUAUAUAUAUAUAUAUAUAUAUAUAUUGUGCACGCGCACGGCGCUCCAGCGCUGUCCAGACUUAAUGGCGUUAUUAGCCACGGCCGGAUGGGGAGCGAGCGCUGGCCGCUAACGGAGAACUAAUUUGCUUCGCGAUGCCUCAUGCGUGAAUUCUUGCAGCUGGCACAGAAUCGAGAGACGCAAAAAAAGAAGGCAUAGUCUCACAGAACUGUACACGCAGAGUCUAUCGAAAAUGUAUAUAUCGUCCGACUUUCCACCGUCAUUUUCUUCAUGGCAACGAGACCGUGAAGGAUUUAAUUAUAUCGGCUAGGGCAGCGUUUUAUUUUUUUUUUCAUUUCCAAUAUGGUGUCUCUCCGAGUGUAAUGUGACCACCCGGCUUAUACGUGUUUUUUUUUUUUUUCUUCCUGUCCGCUGUGUGCGUUACGGCUACAUGCAAGAAAAGUUACAUUUGGCAUGAAAAACCGACUUCUUGCGUUUUAACUAGCCACGUUUCUCUCCCUCUCUCUUCCUUAGUAUCAAGGCCCGAUUUAUUACUCAACGAACACUCUCGGCUCAAAUUAACAAUUUAUUCGAGCCGCAGGCACAUGCCAGCUGCGGUUAAUUGCAAGAUGUACAGAACGUCUGAGCAAUUACCCGUCACUUUUUCAGGGCAGUGGCUCUUUUGACGAGAACUGUAAUGCAAAACGAAAACAUAUGUAACGCAUUGUAGUUCAACAAAGCACCAUAAGGUGUCGAUACGCCACCUACCACCGUCCCCAACGUGGAGGUAUUCCGUAAACGGCGAUACUAGUUUUAGCGCUGCUAGCAACACCUUGUGGCGGUUUGUCCAACCACAAUGCGUUAGAAAUGCUCUUGCGUUGUGUGGGUGUUUUUGCGUUGUGAUCCGGAAAGGCAGACGUGCUCGGCAUUGUUGGUGGCACCAUCUUGUAACGCUGGCGUCAACUGGAGCACAUAGAACUAUAAUUGCGGUUACCAUGUCCUGUCAGCUGCAUGCUGCAAAUGCGCCGGCAGUAACAACCAUUAGGGUUUGUGAAACUUUCUCUUUCUCCCUUCUGUUAGAACGAUAAUGCAAGACAAAAACGUUUCUAAGGCAUUGUGGCUGUAAAAAACCGCCAUAAGAUGGCGCUUCCCAGCGCUGGUGCCUAGGGAGCCUCCAUAUACCGGCCGGUACACGGAGGCUCCCUAUUGGUGUCUUCAUGGCUUUACUGGUACCAACUCGCCUUCUACGGUGUUCCGUGUACUCUGGUGAGGCUAAAAUUCUGUAAUGACUGUCGUCGUACAGCCAUCCUGUACGUUGACUUGUAUUUUUGCCGGUGGCGGUUGUUGUGUAUCGUGUAUGCGAUCCCGUAUAUACUGACGAACGAUGGCAGCUGUUCAAAACGGAAAUCGGUGCGUUUCCUCGCCACAGGGUUCGACAAGGUGUACUGCAAUAGAAAAAUAGGAUUUGAUGCGCGCUGUCUGUUGCCUCCAUUGCAUCGUGAGAGUCGGCACACGUGCUUUAUUGGACGUGAAAAUGGGGCGUACUUACAUACGGUACUCGAUGAAAUGACAGCAUGGCGUCACCGGUAGGACGCUUGCGAAUGACCCGGCACCUAGUAGUGGACAGUGUGCAAGUUUGCCACCUAGGUUACCGAGGUUAUCGCGCACAAUGGUAUCGCAUGCAGCUAUCGUGGUUCCAUGGAGUAACCUUACCAUGCACAGGAGCAACACAUGAACAGUAUGCCCACAACGACGCAUUUAUUCCCGUAAUGACAAGGAAAAGCGUAUACAAGCUCGUGUUUUGAAAAAAGGUUACGAGGCUUUUUUUUUUUCCUCGCGUGCAGCCGGGUUACAUUAACCGAACCGGAAAUUUCACAUCUUGUAAAUGUCUGGGGCCAACAGCACACAUAACGCGAAGCUUUUCUGUGUUGCAACUGCUUCUACACAGAAACAAAGUUGGUACUAUCGGCAAGCAUCCUUUCCGGAAUAAAUGCUUAAUGUGUAAGUGACCACUGCUUCGAAAUAGCGUCCGUCAGUGGGCCAUUUAAUUCAUAUCACACAGCUUACGUUUAGAGGACAAUGCGAAAGGCCAGAGAGGACCCUAUGAUUAUGUGUGUGUUUUUGUUUGCGGAGCUGUCAUUACUAACGGCUUCUCGGGGCAUUAAUGAGUACAAAUUAGGCAUGUGUUGUUCUGUUGAGUGUAAUACACUUUGUUUAUUGCGCUUUUUUGUUGUUUUGUUUAGUGCUUACCUGCUACGUUUAUUAACCUACAUAAAAAAGCGUGUUGUAUAAAUUUUCCAAGACCUGUCUAUACAUAAAAUUGCUCUAUACUUGAAAUAAAUAAUUGUUUUUGAAGAAAA